GAAAAGAGGAGGGAGUCAGCGAGUGGUGAGAAGGGAAAACCUGUCACCAGACUGGCUCCGGAGCGUCCGGGAGACUGGGGCGCUCCGCGCCAUCGUCUUCAAUGCUUCUCUGAACAGCCUUUAGGAAGAGUGCGAGAGAAAGAGAGAGAGCGCGCGCCAGGGAGAGGAGAAAAGAAGAUGAGGAUUAUUUGCAGACAGAUUGUCUUGUUAUUUUCUGGAUUUUGGGGACUCGCCAUGGGAGCCUUUCCGAGCAGCGUGCAAAUAGGUGGUCUCUUCAUCCGAAACACAGAUCAGGAAUACACUGCUUUUCGAUUAGCAAUUUUUCUUCAUAACACCAGCCCCAAUGCGUCGGAAGCUCCUUUUAAUUUGGUACCUCAUGUGGACAACAUUGAGACAGCCAACAGUUUUGCUGUAACAAACGCCUUCUGUUCCCAGUAUUCUAGAGGAGUAUUUGCCAUUUUUGGACUCUAUGAUAAGAGGUCGGUACAUACCUUGACCUCAUUCUGCAGCGCCUUACAUAUCUCCCUCAUCACACCAAGUUUCCCUACUGAGGGGGAGAGCCAGUUUGUGCUGCAACUAAGACCUUCGUUACGAGGAGCACUCUUGAGUUUGCUGGAUCACUACGAAUGGAACUGUUUUGUCUUCCUGUAUGACACAGACAGGGGAUACUCGAUACUCCAAGCUAUUAUGGAAAAAGCAGGACAAAAUGGUUGGCAUGUCAGCGCUAUAUGUGUGGAAAAUUUUAAUGAUGUCAGCUAUAGGCAACUUCUAGAAGAACUUGAUAGAAGACAAGAGAAGAAGUUUGUAAUAGACUGUGAGAUAGAGAGACUUCAAAACAUAUUAGAACAGAUUGUAAGUGUUGGAAAGCAUGUUAAAGGCUACCAUUAUAUCAUUGCAAACUUGGGAUUCAAGGAUAUUUCUCUUGAGAGGUUUAUACAUGGUGGAGCCAAUGUUACUGGAUUCCAGUUGGUGGAUUUUAAUACACCUAUGGUAAUCAAACUAAUGGAUCGCUGGAAGAAACUAGAUCAGAGAGAGUAUCCAGGAUCUGAGACUCCUCCAAAGUACACCUCUGCUCUGACUUAUGAUGGAGUCCUUGUGAUGGCUGAAACUUUCCGAAGUCUUAGGAGGCAGAAAAUUGAUAUCUCAAGGAGAGGAAAUGCUGGGGAUUGUCUGGCAAAUCCUGCUGCUCCAUGGGGCCAGGGAAUUGACAUGGAGAGGACACUCAAACAGGUUCGAAUUCAAGGGCUGACAGGGAAUGUUCAGUUUGACCACUAUGGACGUAGAGUCAAUUACACAAUGGAUGUGUUUGAGCUGAAAAGCACAGGACCUAGAAAGGUUGGUUACUGGAAUGAUAUGGAUAAGUUAGUCUUGAUUCAAGAUGUACCAACUCUUGGCAAUGACACAGCUGCUAUUGAGAACAGAACAGUGGUUGUAACCACAAUUAUGGAAUCCCCAUAUGUUAUGUACAAGAAAAAUCAUGAAAUGUUUGAAGGAAAUGACAAGUAUGAAGGAUACUGUGUAGAUUUGGCAUCUGAAAUUGCAAAACACAUUGGUAUCAAGUAUAAAAUUGCCAUUGUCCCUGAUGGAAAAUAUGGAGCAAGGGAUGCAGACACAAAAAUCUGGAAUGGGAUGGUAGGAGAACUUGUUUAUGGGAAAGCAGAGAUUGCUAUUGCCCCUCUGACAAUCACUUUGGUACGAGAGGAGGUCAUUGACUUUUCUAAGCCCUUCAUGAGUUUGGGCAUAUCUAUCAUGAUCAAAAAGCCUCAGAAAUCCAAACCAGGAGUGUUUUCCUUCUUGGAUCCUCUGGCCUAUGAGAUUUGGAUGUGCAUAGUCUUUGCCUACAUUGGUGUCAGCGUGGUCUUAUUCCUAGUUAGUAGAUUUAGUCCAUAUGAGUGGCAUACAGAAGAGCCAGAGGAUGGAAAGGAAGGACCCAGCGACCAGCCUCCCAAUGAGUUUGGCAUCUUUAACAGCCUCUGGUUUUCCCUGGGUGCUUUUAUGCAGCAAGGAUGUGACAUUUCACCCAGAUCCCUCUCAGGUCGAAUUGUUGGAGGUGUUUGGUGGUUCUUUACACUCAUCAUUAUAUCAUCUUAUACUGCUAACCUCGCUGCUUUCCUGACGGUUGAGCGAAUGGUCUCUCCCAUAGAAAGUGCAGAAGACCUAGCCAAACAAACAGAAAUUGCCUAUGGAACACUGGAUUCAGGGUCAACAAAAGAAUUCUUCAGAAGAUCAAAAAUAGCAGUGUAUGAAAAGAUGUGGACCUACAUGCGAUCAGCAGAGCCAUCAGUGUUCACUAGGACUACAGCUGAGGGAGUAGCUCGUGUCCGCAAAUCCAAGGGCAAAUUUGCCUUUCUCCUGGAGUCCACUAUGAAUGAAUACAUUGAGCAGCGAAAGCCAUGUGACACGAUGAAAGUGGGAGGAAAUCUGGAUUCCAAAGGCUAUGGAGUAGCAACGCCCAAGGGUUCCUCAUUAAGGAGGAGGACAGAGGAGAACUAACCAGCUCCAGGACCAAGGUAAGAGGGGAGUUUUCUUUCAAAAGAAUGGCUUCCAUCCAUUUGAAGGAAACCCCUCCCCCACCUGUUUUUUAAUCCCUUUUUCUUUAUACAUUUAUAUUUUUUAACCCACCAGCAUAAGGAAACCAGCUUGCCACUUGUGCGUAAUAGUUAUUUGAACAUUCACUUACAAAUGGUAUAGCAGGAAAAAAUAAAAACUUUCACACAAGUCAUAUCAGUUAUAUGCUAAUGCAUUUAUGUUUUCUAUCUUCAUUAAAUAUUAGUACUAGUCUUCCAUUAAGGCUUAGAUACUUGCAUAGGCCUUAGAAAAUUUUUAUCAGCUGUUAAUUUCUCUAUUUGUAAAAUAUACAUAGUUACUAUCAGCCAAACCAUAGUGCUCACAAAAAUAUCAAAACUAAAAUCCAAAGCAUUUUUAUACAGAAAUAUAUCAUUAAGAAAAAAAUAAUAAAAUUAACCACUAAUAUCAUUUUAAUGAUAUAUAUUUGGAAAUAUGAUCAGUCUGGACUUUUGGGUUGAAGCUAAACAAACUUAAUGAGAUUUUUAAGGUGCCAUAGGAAAACUGUGGUUAGAAAAAUAGGAGGAAAGGGAGGAAAUAUUGUGUUGAGCAUCAUCUCUCCAUGCUUAUACACCCUCUUCCCAGGCCUCUUGUGUAUUUCUUUUAAUGGUUUUCACUAUAACCUCUCACUUUUUGUGUUGUUGUCCAUAGAAAUCAUUAGUAUUUCCUGGCUUUGGUAUUCUCUUUCAAAUUGGUCUUUCCAUAGAGGAAAACCAAGAGGAGAAACAAGUGAGAGAAUUUAAAGGGGCAGUGCAGUGGCUCACACCUGUAAUCCCAGCACUUCGGGAAGCCAAGGCAGGUGGAUUUCUUGAGCCCAGGAGAUUGAGACUGGCCUGGGCAACAUGGCAAAACCCCGUCUCUACAAAAAAAUAGAAAACAAUUAGCUGGGCAUGGUGGUGCAUGUCUGUUGUCCUACAUACCCAGGAGGCUGAGGUGGGAGGAUUGCUCGAGCCUGGGAGGUAGACGUUUCACUGAGUUGUGAUCAUGCCACUGCACUCCAGCCUGGGUGACACAGCCAGACCCUGUCUCAAAAAAAUAAAUAAAAGCUAAAUUAAAAAAUAAAUUUAAAAAUCUAGAAGUUGAGCUCGAAAAAGAAAAAUAGACCAUAGGGAUUAUGAAAGGCACCAGCUUCUAGAUCCUAUUCAGCAAUAAUUAUCUGCUAUCAUUUUCCUCCAAAGAAGCUAGAUCUUGUGUGACUCAAGUAGAUUUUAGGAAAGUUUUAAGAUCAGGUAACAGGGACACUUGGGACUCAAGAAGAAGAAAAUUUUAGGAAGGGAGAAAAAAAUGUACCAAAAAAAUGAGAAUUCAGGCAAUUUGUUGCCAAAAAAUAGUCAUCGUCUUCCAGUAAUACAGGUCUACCAUUUUGUUACAAACGUGUUUAGAAGCCUUGCAAAUCCUUAAAGUUGGAUUGUUAGAGCAUGUAAUGAAAGAAAAUCCUUUCCAAAGGAUACAUUUUUGUUAGAGGUUACUGUUUUCUGAGCAGGAACAAUAGUGGCUAUGUGAUUAGGAACUUACAUGAAAAGACUCAUUCAAAAUAAGAAAUUCAUUUUAACUUCAAAACAUAAUAUCUAUUUAUGUGGAUAAAUAUAUUAUAAUGGUCAUCAAAUCCAGAAACUUAAGCGUUAAACUUUUAGCUCAUGGCAUAUUUUGUUGACUGAUUGUCUGAUAUAACCUAAUUUUGACUUUCUCUCUCACUGACUUCUUUAAUGAAAAGUACAGGAUAUAUUUGAAUCACAUUAUUUAUUCUUAAUUUAUUUAUCCUGAAUUUUAAGAUGCCAGGCAUAUGGACUCUCCACUGAAGCAGUCAUACAAAAGAAGGAAAUUGUCACAACAUUGUUAGUGAGCUCUUUAUGUGUUAGAAUUUGAUGUUUACAUGGACAUUUGUUAUAUCAGGAAGAUUUGUUGUACUUUGAAUUCUUAUAAAAUACUUCAUAGAAAUCUCACUCGGGGAAACAAUUGGUGGGAGUUCUACAGUGACUUAGCUCUUUUGGAUAACAGAACAUUGAAAUGAAAGCACCACUUCUCUGUUUUGUUGCUUAGUAAAGUGAAAAGCAUUGAUUUAUAGUACUUGCAUUCAAUUUAUUAAGUAUAUUUAAAAUAGUUCAUGAAAGUGUCCGAACUAAUAGCUUAAGAUACCCAACUUCUGACAAGUAGCAAAUAACUGAAUGACUAUGUAAUAUGUGUAAUAUGUUCCAGUAUUAACACCAAUAGAAGCAAACGUAGGUGAGACUAUUUUAAGAAUUUAAAUUUUUUGUCACUUUUUAAAAUUUGAAUUGUUUAAACAGUGGGUGUUAGAAUAUAUUUCUAUUUUGAAAUAUGACUAUAAGCCCUGUUGCUUUCAAAAUAAGCAGCUUUGUAUCUUCACUUAGAAUCUCAUAAACUUAAAAUAUUUACAGACUCAUGGAUUUAGAAUUCUUAGGCUUCAACUAUUUUCAGAGAGUAACAGAAAAGCUACAAAUUCUCACAGAUGUGAGCCCCCAUGUAUCUGAACUUUGAAUAAAAAGCUUAGCUUCCUUUCAUUAGCUUGUAAUCUCUGUUUCUAUAAGAAGUACUCUUAGUUUGUAAUCCCUAUUUCUAUAAGCAGCACCGUUUUUACUCAAGUUUCUUCUCUAAUUUGUGUUGCUCAUCAGCCUAAACAAAAUUCAGGCCAAAAGCUCUGGUAGGUUAAGCAAGAUCAAUUAAAAUACAUUUUAAGUGAUAAGAGCAACAUCCAAAUACUGGCCUCCUGCUAAGGAACCUGAAAUCUUAAGUGAAAGAAAAAAGUUGGAACUUUUUAUUUUUAAAUUUUUACUCUCAAGAAUUUAAUGGAAAAUUUAUAGUCUUUGUAUGUGAAGUUUAAAUAGAUACAUUUGGUGAGUUAAAUACAUAUUAAAAUACGUAGUGAAAUAAAUCUUAAACCACAGUUGACACUUAAU